UCUACCGCGAAGGUGUUGUCAUGGCGGACCCGGCGGCUCCCGGAGGGUUGGAAAGAGACACUGGAAAUCUAGGGGUACAGGCGUCGGCGGGUCCUGGAGGAGCCCUGGUGGAGCUCACCCCGACCCCCGGCGGCCUGGCCCUGGUGAGCCCCUACCACACCAACAGGGUCGGGGACCCUUUAGACCUCGUGGCGCUCGCCGAGCAGGUACAAAAGGCUGAUGAAUUCAUCCGAGCAAAUGCUACUAACAAGCUGACAGUCAUUGCUGAGCAAAUCCAACAUUUGCAAGAACAAGCUAGGAAGGUACUGGAAGAUGCUCGCAGAGAUGCUGACUUGCACCACGUGGCUUGUAAUAUGGUGAAAAAACCUGGCAACAUUUACUAUCUUUACCAGCGGGAAAGUGGCCAACAGUACUUAUCCAUCAUUUCUCCAGAGGAAUGGGGAGCAGGCUGUCCCCAUGACUUCCUUGGUGCCUACAAGCUGCAACAUGACUUGUCAUGGACUCCAUAUGAAGACAUUGAGAAGCAAGAUGCUAAGAUUGGCAUGAUGGACAAGCUGCUGAACCAGCCCAUGGCCUUGCCCCCAUGCACUGAACCCACCUUCCAGGGACUAACUCACUGAGUAUGGCUCAGACGAGCAGCCCUCAUGACAAAGACCUGACCACUACCA